AUGAAAGUUGUAUCCCCUCAUAAUAAAAAUGGUGUACCUAUUGUCCUUCCUAUUGCUGAAGAAGGUAUUGAUGAUGAAAGUAUUGAUGAUGUAGAAGAAACCUCACCUUUUGAUCCAAAUGAUGAACUAGCAGUUAAGGAACUCCAACAGCAAAUAAAUAUAUUGCAUGUUUGUAAUCCAAUGCCAAUUGAAGACUUGCUAAACCUUGAAGAAGAACAAGAAGAACAAUUGAACAUUUUACGUAGUGCUUUAAGAAUUGUUGAUGAAAGGAUUGAUGAUGGUAGAGAAACAAUGAAAUCAUUAUGCAAGCUAUAG